AUGCGGUGGCCCGUCGUCGUGGCUUCGGUGGCCCUCCAUAACCCCGGUCGGCGGCUGCUGGACCACUGCUGGGACUCGUUGGGUGGUGCGCACGUCGACGUCGAUCCGCUGGCGUCGAACGCAACCUCCACCGGGGCGGAUGAUUCGGGGGGCACCCACAUGGACCCGCUGGUCACUCGGCUGCUGUUCUGGCUGGUCUACACCCUGGCCGCGGCGAUCCUGCUGGUGUCCAUGCUCAGGAUCUUCCCGCCCCCCGACAGGGUGUUCCCGCGAAAGAGGCCCGUCGCCGGGGUGGUGCCGUGGUGCUGCGCGGGGCGGAUGCUCGGUUACGGCGUCAUCGACUGGAGGGAGGGGAAGCUGACGCCGUUCUGGCGCUACUUCCGCGAGCGACACGACUUCGUGUCGCUCUGGCUCGGCGACCACGAGUUUAUCACGUUCCGCAUGAGGCUCGUGCACUUCAUGACCGACAUCUGCUGCACCAUGUCGCUGUCCAUGGGCCUCGUUGACCUCCAGAGCGGCAGCGUUCAGGGCGACUUUUGGUUGUAUCAGGUCUGGGUCUUCGGAGCGCUGUUCGUGUAUCAGAUCGUGCUGGGCAUCGCACUGCGUGUGUCGGCGGUGGGGGCGUCGGAGCGAGCGAUGCACGCGCCGGGAAAGCCCGCCACGAGGCGGGUCGAGCGCAACUACUUCAUAAUGUGCUUCUCGUUUUCGGCGGUUUCGAUGCUGUGCGCGAUAUCUUACGUGCACGUGAUGGACGAAGCCGGAGGGUGCGGGGACGGCUUCCAGACGUUUCUGGCGUACAUGUACAUCUUCGCGCUGUACGAGUUCUUCGGCUGGUUCGUCCUGCACCCGUCCAUAAUCACGUUCAGGUGGGUCCUGGGCGGGGCGCUGAUCCGGCUCAGCACGGACGCGGAUACGGACGAAGAGACGAUGGCGUGCUGCUGGAAAAAGUUGCCGUGUUGCUGCUGCUGCGGGUGCCCGCCCCAGCCGUCCGCGAGGGUGGACCACUGGGGAUACGCCAAGGCGGAGCCCGCGCUGGACAGGGGGGAGAGCUCCAAGGGCGGGAGCGUCUGGUCGGCGGACGUGGAGAACGGCGGGGCGUCGCCGACGCCGAGCUACAGGUCUCGGCACACCAGCGAGCGAGACUUGGUGCUCGAGUGGAAGAAGAACAAGGCCCAGACGUCGCUCGUCGUGGCCAAGGAGCUGUUGCGCAGGGCGUCGAGGGCGAAGGAACGCGCGCGGAUCGCGCGGACGGAGACGGCGAUCGCGACGGCGGCGGCGGCCGAGGCUGAGGCCCGGGCGGCUGAGGCGAAAGCGAAGUCGGAGGAGGCCAAAGCCGCAGAGGCGGAGGCGAGGGCUCUGCGCGACGCGCUACCUCCGCCGCGGCCGGGGGCGCCGAUGGUGGACCCCCCGACGCCGCAGUCCAUGAUGGCGACGCCGCCGCCGUCGAUGGCGCUGCCGCCGCUGGACGAGGCCGCGUUCGAGGUUGAUGAGGUGCAUCUGGACCUUCCCGAGGUGCAUCUGGACCUUCCGGGUGAUCUUCCGCCGCUGGACACGGAGUUCUCGGCGGUGUCGUCGGCUAUGGGAACCGCGGGUGACGAGGGGAGCGUCGGGUCGAGGACCCCGCUGAGGGAGGACGAGUUCCGGGGGUUCUCGUUACCCCCGAUGCCGGAACGAUGA